GCCGAUUGGUCUCCGCUUUUCCUUGCCUGUGGCAACUGACAGCACCUCCCAGCCUAGCAGGCCGGCUGCCUGCUCCCCCAGCCAGUCGGUGGGUCUGGGCACUGCAGCAGGCUCGGCUCCAUCCCAGCACUUGCCUGGGAGAAAGAAACGUGUUAUACUCACCCAGAGAGAAUUUCUUUCUACCUUCGUUCCUCCUCGAUCUCUCUGUGUGCUUUUGUGUUACUUUUUUUGUUUUUUGUAUGUUGUUUUACUUAAUUAUAUUCCUAAUCCUGGAUGAAGUUGCUGGAUUCCGCAGCACAAGUCUUCAUGAACAAGCAGCACCGCUCAGAGAUUUCACGGCAUUCAAAGGUCACAGAACUGCCACUAUGGUUAAAUGUCUUGUUUAAUGGUUGAGAGGUGUGGCGAAAUCUUGUUUGAAAACCCUGAUCAGAAUGUCAAAUGUGUUUGCAUGCUAGGAGAUGUACGACUGAGGGGUCAGACGGGGGUUCCUGCUGAACGCCGCGGCUCCUACCCAUUCAUUGACUUCCGCCUCCUUAACAAUACAACACACUCAGGGGAAAUUGGCACCAAGAAAAAGGUGAAAAGACUGUUAAGCUUUCAAAGAUACUUCCAUGCAUCAAGGCUGCUCCGUGGAAUUAUACCGCAAGCCCCGCUCCACCUGCUGGAUGAAGACUACCUUGGACAAGCAAGGCAUAUGCUCUCCAAAGUGGGAAUGUGGGAUUUUGACAUUUUCUUGUUUGAUCGCUUGACAAAUGGAAACAGCCUGGUAACACUGCUGUGCCACCUCUUCAACGCGCAUGGGCUCAUUCACCACUUCAAGUUAGAUAUGGUGACCUUACACAGGUUCUUAGUCAUGGUUCAAGAAGAUUACCACAGCCAAAACCCUUACCACAAUGCUGUUCACGCGGCCGACGUCACCCAGGCCAUGCACUGCUACCUAAAGGAGCCAAAGCUCGCCAGCUCCCUCACACCUCUGGACAUCAUGCUUGGACUGCUGGCUGCCGCAGCCCACGAUGUUGACCAUCCAGGGGUAAACCAGCCAUUUUUGAUCAAAACAAACCACCACCUUGCCAACCUAUAUCAGAAUAUGUCUGUGCUGGAGAAUCACCACUGGCGAUCUACGAUCGGCAUGCUUCGAGAAUCAAGACUUCUGGCUCACUUGCCAAAGGAAAUGACACAGGAUAUUGAACAGCAGCUGGGCUCCUUGAUCUUGGCAACAGACAUCAACAGACAGAAUGAAUUUUUGACCAGAUUGAAAGCUCACCUCCACAAUAAAGACUUAAGCCUGGAGGAUGUACACGACAGGCACUUUAUGCUUCAGAUUGCCUUGAAGUGUGCUGACAUUUGCAAUCCUUGUAGAAUCUGGGAGAUGAGCAAGCAAUGGAGUGAAAGGGUCUGUGAAGAAUUCUACAGGCAAGGUGACCUUGAACAGAAAUUUGAACUGGAAAUCAGUCCUCUUUGCAAUCAACAGAAAGAUUCAAUCCCUAGUAUACAAAUUGGUUUCAUGACCUACAUCGUGGAGCCCCUCUUCCGUGAAUGGGCCCGUUUCACGGGACACAGCGCCCUGUCUGAGAGCAUGCUAAGCCACCUGGCGCACAACAAAGCCCAGUGGAAGAGGCUGUUGCCCAACCAGCGCAGAAGCAGCAGCGGUGGCGGUGGCAGCGGCAGCCCAGACCACACCGGCCCAGGGACCGAGGCUGAGGGGCAGACCGUGACCGAAGGCGACGCCCCGUAGUGCCAGCCAGGCCUGCCCCCUGCUCUGCACACUGAGAGUGCCAGCCUCCUCGCGCAGAGGCCUCUGGGAGGGCAGAUGCUCUGAGGGGCUCUUGCCGGUAAACCCAGCCCCUGUCUGGGUGUCGUCCUGGGGCUCUUUGGAACGCCACCCUCCUCCCGCUCACCUGCCUCCCUCCUUUUUCCAAGUGUACAGAAGCCAUCCGUCACCUCAGCAUUAGCUGCCGAAAUAAGCAGCUCCAUUCCGCCAUGAGGGAGCUGAUUCCAGGGGCCGGCUUGGCCCUCGAGGUGAAGACUGGGGAGUAAGAAAGAGGUGCUCCUGCCGUGGGCCCCUCGGGUCCUGGGUCACACUGAGACAGGCGGCACUUCCUAAGUCCAGAGCAUUUUUAGCGUUGGCCCUCGGACUGCUGAUCUGCAUGACAAAAACACCAGCAUAUUUGGAACUCCAAGGAUAUUGGUUUCAGGUGCAAAAGCACAAAUGAGAGCGUGAGAGAAAGUACCUUCUAUUUUAAUAAUAAUUAUUAUUAUAAAAAUAAUAAUAAAUCUUUUUAACUUUUCUAUUUUAUGCACUAGACAAUGGAUCUAAGACUAUGGGCAAACAUUACUCAAUGUACCCAAACUCGAACAGGGGGUUCACUGUUUUCUUACGGACUUUAUGCCACUUUGGGUCAGAGAUUUGGCAUCUUCUCAAUUAAGAAACCACGUUUCCUAUCCGAUCCAAGGGGAAGGUGCUGUACAGUUCAUUCCUUUGCACCAUUUGCCAAUCUGUCUUUUAUCGAUAACUCAGAUUCAGUGACAUGUUUAUAUUCACACCUGUACAUUCUCUGUAAAUAUCAAGCGCUACUGAUUCCCAUGCCAAAAUACAUGAGUAUUAUGGGAUUGCUACCUGUAUAAACAAUGGCACUGUGAACAGAAUACUGUUUGUUAGUUUUAAUACAAGAGAAUGCAUUUGUAAAUAUGGUAUAGAGUUUAUUAAUAUACUAUUGUUUGCAGAUAAAGGCCUUAACUUUAAACAUCUUUCAUCUUCUGAAAGCUGCCCAACUUAAAUCCUCACAGAUGUCCUUCUGAACUGCCUUCCCAUGUCCAUCUUUAUGCUUUCCAGCUAAGGUCACAAAGCAAAACUGAAUAAAGUCUUUGAGGAAAUAUUUUGGAAACUUCACAUGCAUUCCGCUUGAGACCAUAGUGUUUAAUCUGUGGCACCAAGCAUUGUUUCCUCAGAUGAACAAGACCCUUCAGCAAGCCUGAAGUCACUUUCAACACAGCGAUGUUGCACUCUGUUUUAACAAGCCAGCUGAUAAGCUUGUGUUUAUACGACUCUUGUCAUGGACAUGGCAGUGUGUCAGCCUCGCGGGACACAUAGCAGGUCUCACAAACCUUCCGUGACCCCGUCAUCUAUCCAUCAGGGACUUCCCUGCUCCCCUAGCAUGCUGUCGUCUGUUCUGGCUACAGUACCAAAGCAUCUCUGGUUUAUGGUUGGUGUGCAUUUCUUUGGUUUAUGGUUGGCGUGCAUUUCUUUGGUGUCAAUAGUAACUGGAUUUUCCUUUUUCCUUCAUUUCAUGUGAACAACUACGCAACUGUUUAGCAGACGUUAACAUAACUUAAGGAAAGAAAAUAUUUCAGUUGUCUGAUAGAAUUUACCUUCCUGGGUAGGUUUUUGUUGCCAUUUUUUCUGCAUAUACUUGGCCGGAAAAUCAAUUUAUUACAGCAUUCUUCUCUAGUCAGCUAAACUCUGUGCAUUUUCUUUAUAAGUUCUAGCAUAACUAAUGUUAGAUGAAAAUUGGCAAUGCCCCCUUUCUUUUUACCUUAAACAAUGUGGUAGUGGGAGAAUGAUACUAUGAUUGUUUCUGCCACUAUCAAGGUGUUUCGCAAGCUGAUAGAAUGUCAGCUAACUCUCAUUUCCUAAGUGCAACUCUUUUUUUUUUUUCUUUCCUCCUAACGUACAAAUGAAAUGUUAGAAACUUGACUGGAUUGUAUUAAGUUCCUGCAGAAAGACUGAGGCUUGCAGAAUAAAGGUUUAGAGGAAAUUUGGAAAGUUAGUCGUACUUUCAUUAAAGCAGAAGAGAUUGUCAGAUGGUACUAAAGAAAGUGUGAAAACUUCAUGAAAUGGGUGGAUGAUAAGUUGAAAUUAUUGAUAUGGGUAAGAAAGGAAGUUGUGAAAACUUAACACUAACUUUGGGUUUUUUCCUGUAAUAACUAUGAACUGACACAUGAUUUUUUAUUGCUUUAAUACUCUGAAGCUCUCAGCUUGGUGAAGCCCCAAAAGAGAAUGUAUUGAAUGUAUUUCUGCUUCCAAACCUCUCUUAUUUUGGUUUGGUUUGGGCUUUUGAGCAGUCUAUUUUUAAUGUACAUGAGAUCAAAUCAAGGAAAGCAAUUACUGGGGAAGAUACAGUAGAGAUAAGAAAGAAGAUGCUAUUUUAGCUAAUGGAGCCUCUACUUUGAGUUUAGGAAAUGGACUUUGUUUAAACUAUAUUUAUAUAAUAAUUUAAAUAAAUAAGACUGGACGUGGUUUUAGUAGUUCCAAAUCUAUAGGACAAAAGUGUAUUAGGUCUUGAAGAAGAGCUCACAGAGAAAACUACCAAAUAUCUAACAGUUGAGCCUAUGAAGCAGCUACUAGUACAAUACAAAUUUGAAGUAAAAUGAGAUGUGAUGCAUAAACUAGAUACAUUUGUCUCCUUCUUUCAACCAUCUGGAGAUUUCUUGAGUUUCUCACUUUUUGACCAAAAAAAAAAA